AUGAGUCUUAUCUCCUCGAUCACAUCUUCUAUCUUCAAUGUAUCAUCUGCUUCAUCCUCACCUCCUUCCCAGCAGUAUAGGAUCACCUCCUCAGGCGGUAUUAUAGUGGCCAUACCCAAACUUGAUGAAAGCGCAAUGGAUGAUUUACUCAAAUCUAAUAAGCUUAGUUCCAAUUCAGCAAUUACAUUAACCGGAGCAAGGUACAAAGAUCCCAGUGUAUUCUUUCCUGAACGAAGAGAAGAAGUGCAAUCGACUAUUAAGGAACUAAAGUCCCUGUCUAUCAAAAUCGAAAAUAACGAAAUCCAUCAAAGCGUUGAUCAGAGUAUUCGAUUGGACGCCUCUCAAGUCUCUGGCUAUCUCAGUAGAACUUGUGAUGAAGCGGACAAGAAAGGUCCUAUGGGUCCCUUGUAUGAGAUUUCGUUUGGUAGAGAUGAAGGUAAAUAA